AUGGCAAGCGAUGCGGUGGUCGAGAAGAACUUGGCCAAGCUAGACGCGGUGAUGCGCAAAACAAAAGUUUUCGUUGCUUCCGCCGACAGACGGAUUCUUCGGAGCAAAGCCGUUGUUAAGGGCAGGUCCUGGCCGAUGCAGCUUCACGGCCUGCGACCGCCCAGUGAGGCAAGCUCCAGCUCCAGCGGCACUGUUCGCAGCUCCUCAAAGGAGGCUUCUCCUUCCUCGACAGAGAAGGCGGGUAAACCGGUCACGCAGACAUGUUCGACUGCGUCAAGCGAGCACAAGGAGACGCUGACCUUUGAGGACUUGAGGGGCACUUGGGUCGACGCUGACGGGAACAACGUGCAUGUUGCCGAGGCUUCCAACUUUGGAGUUUUCGGCCAACUGGUGGCCACAAUCACGCGCCCUCCUUUGCGCCAACUCCGCCUGGAGCUUUGGCAGCCAGAGGGCAGCUUCCAGUGGCGCUGCGGCAGCGCCGUACUGAGCGCCCACGCCAAUGAGCAGCUGAUAUGGCGCUUCCCUGGUGGGAAAGUAUCCACCUGGCUCCGAAAGGCAGCGUUUGAGGAGGGCCAGGGCGACCAGGCAUGGCUUGCUAUUUGGGAUCCUGAAUAUGGUUAUGGUCCUUGGGGUCUCUCUACAAUGACAGCUGACCAGAGCGUGUCGUUGAACGACUUCGCAUGGAUGCUGUCAAAUGGCGCGACAAACCAAAUGAUGACCCCCAAGAUGCAGGAGGAUGGAAUCAUGGUUCUGGUUCCGCUGACAGAUGAUUGCCUCCAGAAACUGACGCGCUGA